UACUUACAGCCGCUGGCUCCCCAGCGCUAGCAUCACCGCCUCAGCUCCGCCUCAGAUCAUCAGGCAUUAGAUUCUCACAGGAGCACUAGUCCCUGGCUCCAGAAAGGUGGGGGCCACCGCUUUAAGGCACCAGCACUGUGCAAGGCACUGUACUACACAGAGGGGACAUCAGUGAAUGCAACAGGCAAAGGACACAGCCAUUGUGGACAUUACGAUCUAGUAAGUGGAUUAUAUAAUGUCAAGAAGUGAUAACUCCUAUGAGGAAAAAUAAAGCCUAGUAAUAGAUAGUAACGUAUAGGUUGUAAUGAGGGAGGUUUUAUUCCUGCCUUCGCCCCACCACCACCUUUUCCGGAUAUAACUUAAAAUUUGAGCCAACGCUGAAGUACUGAGUGGAGUCAUGCAUCAUAAUAUUUAUAACCAGACAACAUUCAAGGGCCGUUUCGUUUCUUUUUUGUUUUUAAAAAGAUUUCUUUUUCAAACGCAGUUGACAUGAACUAUGUUAGUUUCAGGUGUGUAACCUAGUGAUUAGACAUUUAUGUAAUUUAUGAAGUGAUUCCCACGGGGAGCCCCACACAGGACUCUUCCUAAUGACUCACUUUGACAGGGUUCCUGCCUCAGCAACCUGAAUGCAAAUUCCCCAGUCACAUCCCACCCCUGAUGAACCAGAACCUCUGGGGCUGGAGUCCAGGACUCCAUUUUUAACAGCCGCCGAAGCACACCUCAUUUUGACAUUCCCCGCCCUAAAUCCUGGGUUAGUGUCCCCAUCAUCAGCCUCGCAUUUUAAUGGAACGGAUUCGGGUUGGGCCCUCCCCAUGCAUUAUAGACCUUUCCUGGCCUCAUUUUAGUGGGUUUGUACCCGAAUCUCCACUCCAGUGACAACUUAGGCUCCUCCCAACCACUCUUUUUCCCCUUGAACGUGACGUCGAGCCCCAGGCUGUACCCAGUUUCUGAAAAUCUUGUUCUCCCCUUAAAAACCGCUUCCUACAAACUAUUUUCCGGCCAUAGGCUUUCCAGGGAUGUCCGUUUACAGGACGUAUUAUCUCGUCCGUUUCUAGGAGUGCCUUUUCUGCCUGCUGUACUGAAACCCAAACUCCUGGUCGUCCGUUUGUAAACUUUUUUUUUCUUUCGUACACAAGGUGGAGAAUGUGCUCCGCGGCCCCAGUGCUGCUCAGCGCAGCCCCGCUGGAAGCAACUUAACGCACACCCUGUUUACCUCGCAGAGUUCUGAGAAUUUACCCAUUUUCGGCCCAAGUCGAAGUGCCAGGAGACGAGAAAAGUUCAGUGGCUUCUUACCUUCCCGCCGCCCCCCGCUACUGGCCCCAAAGCCGCGGGUUUGCCGUCUGUACGUAAUUCAGUCUCCCAACAUGGCCGCCCCCAUGGCAACACGGCGAGCCGGGCGCGGCCAUAUUGCCGCCGAGGGCCACACCGGAAAUCCAGCUGGCCGCGGGUCCUCGUCGGCCGCCGUAGACGGAGCAGGAGCGGUCCCGAAGUUGAAACCGUUCUCGGAAGUGCACCGUGUGCACUCUUCUUGUGGGUCUGGGGAGAAUCAGGUAGCUUGACACCCAGGAGCAAAAGAAUCAACUGAGAGAGGAAGAAGUUAGGUUGGGUGUCAGCAUGUCCAGGGAGACAGACACCUGACUGAAGACUGAGAUUUCGAGACAGAAAUUUAGAGUGGUUCCAGAAGACACCAAGGCAGAGCCUCGUCGUUGUGAGCUGUUUUCAGAAAUUAGAAGAAAAUGCCCCAGGCCCAGGAGUCCCUGACAUUUGACGAUGUGUCCGUGGACUUCACCUGGGAGGAGUGGCAGCUCCUGGCCCCCACUCAGAAGGACCUGUACCGGGACGUGAUGUUGGAGAACUACAGCAACCUGAUGUCAUUGGGUUGUCAAGCCAGCAAACCUGAAAAACUCCAGCUGGAUCAAGGAGAACCACCAUGGACAAUGGCAGACGAAGUCCACCCUCGAUCCCGUUCAGGAAUCUGGAAAGUUGAUACUCAUGUGCUAGAGCACUUCCAAGAUGGAAACACGGAGAACAAUGUAGAACAAUGGCACAAACGUAACACAUUAGACAAUUCUGUCCAUCAGAGCAAAACUCAUUUUCUGUUACGUCAAAAUCAUGAUGUAUUUGGCUCACAUGGAGAAAGUAUGAAAUCAGAUUUAACUUUACUUAACCAGAGCAGAAGCAAUGAAAUAGAGAACUGUGCUGAGCUUACUGGAGAUGGGAAAUCCUUCCUCCAUGCUAACAGUGAACCAUUUGGGACUGAAGUAAAAUCCCUUGAAAGCCAAAAUCUUAUCCACACUAAGUCCCAAUUCAUGAAGCAUCAGAAAUCCCAGAAAAUAAGGAAACGUCAUGUCUGCAAUGAAUGUGGGAAAGCUUUCAUGAAGAAAUGUUUGCUCAGUGAUCACCAGAAUCUUCAUACAGGAGAAAAGCCUUAUCAGUGUAGUUCAUGUGGGAAAGCCUUCUUCAGAAAGGUCACACUAAACGAACACCGCAGAUCACACACAGGAGAGAAACCAUAUGAAUGCACUGAGUGUGGCAAAGCCUUCCUGACAAAAUCACGGCUCAAUAUACAUUAUAAGAUACAUACAGGAGAGAAGCCCUUUAUAUGCAGUGACUGUGGAAAAGCUUUCAUCCAGAAGGGCAAUCUCAUAGUACAUCUCCGGACUCAUACAGGCGAGAAACCUUAUAUAUGCACCGAAUGUGGAAAAGGCUUCAGCCAGAAGACAUCCCUCACAACACAUCAGAGAUUUCACACAGGAAAGACUCCCUUUGUGUGCAGUGAAUGUGGAAAAUCAUGUUCCCAGAAGACAGGUCUAAUUAAACAUGAAAGAAUUCACACAGGAGAGAAACCUUUUGAGUGCAGCAACUGUGGGAAAGCCUUUAUUGGGAAGCCACAGCUUAUCGUUCAUCAGAGAAUUCAUACAGGAGAGCGGCCCUAUCGAUGUAAUGAGUGUGGAAAAUCCUUCAGAGCAAAGUCAGUCCUCAAUGAACAUCAGAAAAUUCACUCAAUCAAGGUAGAAAACCCUCCCUCGGAGAGUCACAGCUCAUCACAGACCAGUGUCAUCCUGCAGGAGAAAAAUCUUGUUAAUACCGUGACAGUGCGGGUGCCUUGUUUGGUCCCUCAGACAGCAUUAAAUAACAGGAACGUAGUCAUAGUGGGCCAGCCUGUGGCCAGAUGUGCGCCCUCGGGAGGAUUUGCACAGAACAGAAACCCCGUGAAUGCAGUGAGCGUGGUCACACCUUCAGUGAUCAAUUAUGUCUUAUUUUAUGUCCCAGGAAACCAGUAGGAGAAAAGUGAGCUUUUCUAUGUGUAAAAGAUUGGAGCCAAAUUUCUAGCUCGUAUUAUGUAUGAAAAGCAAAUACUGAGAAAUUGUAUAGAUGCUGAGACUGGGAAGACCUGAUUCUCAUGAUAUUAAAUAUGUGCAUUGAUUCAGAGGUGUAGCCUGAUGUUAACUCAAACAUAGUUUAGGUUCUCUGUCCUGUCAAAGGAACAAAAGAAGCUAAGUGGAGGAAAUAAAGUGAAUUUUUAGAACAUA